GAGCCACAGCCCCAGCAUGAGUGUGUCUGUCAUUCAAUUUUUUGAGUGCGUAACAAUUUCUAAUUUCAUUGUUUAUUUUAGUGGCUUCUCUUGUGUUUCUUCGUUUGAGUUAUUAUUACUCAUGAUUUGUGUGCUGUGAAGUAUUUGUGAAUAUGGGUACAAGCACAAUGGGCAGUGAUUUGCAUUCAGACAAGCAGGACAAGCUUUUAAAGUUACAAGCUCGGAAGAAGGAGUUGGAACAAAUGCUAGCAGCUAAAAAUGAGGAGCUCUACAAAUUGUGUGUACAAGAGGUUCAGUUGACUGGUGUCGUACCUCCUGAGGCGCCAUUGAGUCCUGAAGUGCAGAACCGAGAAAGACUGGGAAGUAUUAAAAGCAUCGAACGUUCUUCGGACGGUAAUGACGUGCAUGAUGGCUCUGACAAUUCGUCUAGACGGCUUAGAGUGCCUGGAACUGAUCGAUUUCACGAGAGUGACCAACAUUUUCGGAAAAAUCUUUCUCAUAGACUUUCUACGCCGUCUAUAUCAGGCAUGUCUACAAAGAGUGCUCACCCGAGGCAUAUACGACGCCCUGAAACCAGUUGCUCUAACUUCUUUCCGUCCCCACCUCAAGAUCGAAACUUGGAUACAUUUUCUAUACAUACAUCGCACACUUAUCCUGCUUUGGCUGGCCAUCAGGAUACAGUGUCUGAAAAUAUGCACCAUGAUGCCCAAAAGAGUCCGGUUUAUAGACAUCACACAAUGACAACUGAGUAUGUGAACAAAACCUAUUACAACAAUGCACCGGAGUUACACAAUGUGUCACGACUACGUGAAACACAUUUCAGUUCCAGUCAUCCUGAUAUUGCCACUCAUUAUAACCACGGAAAUAUUCCGACACAUCCAGUUCAAAAUGUAAUACGUAAUACACCAUUGCUGUUUCAAUAUGCUUCUCAUUUGAAAUCUCAAAACCAGCACCUCGGUGCAUUGCACCAUCAUCAACUGCCAGGUCAGUCAAAACGGCGACCCGAGAGUGUUCGCCGUAAUACUUUGCAAAGAACACAGACAUAUCACCUUACUUCGCACAGUGAUUACAACCAGCAUUUAGAGAAUAUAUCUGAUAAUUAUCGUCAUAGAUCUCAGCCUGACAUUCAGGAGCACUCCGAUAGAAUGCAACCACCUGUAGAGAGAGUAUCUGCUGUUCCAAAUUCCCUGCCAUUGCGUGAACGUAAUACAAUCAGACACCCAAUGCAUAUGCAACUACAAGUGUCAACUGAUGAUUAUAGUCGAGACGAACGAAGGACUUACCCUGAUGCUUUGAGUCCUGUUAGCCAGAUAUCUGGUUAUUCAAUAUCGAAUUUCGGUUCAGGGAGUGUAAGCAAAUUUUCACCACUCUCUCAAUCGGAAAUGAAAUUGAAAGAAAAACAGUGGUAUGAGACUUCACUUGAUUCACCAACGAAAGCUGAGCCUCCUCUUUUAAAGAAGAGUAACAGUUUAAAACGAACAUCCAGUAUAGGAAACUCACAAGCUUAUGAAAUAAUGAUAUCGUCUGGCCGUCAUUCUGCAAUGCAGAGCCCUAAUCAAGUGCCCAAUAGUCCUCCAGUUUUAUCACCAAGUACUGUGUCUUUAGAAUCCCCAAAGAACUUAACAGUUAUUGAACAGGGCAAAUGUAUACCUUAUAGAGAGGAGACUAAACCUUUUGAAAUGUCUGAUUUUUAUAAAUAUUCAACUAAGUUCCGACAAGCUAAUAACCAGAAAGCUCAGUCAAACACUGUGCCAAGUGUUGCUAACGUAAAUAAUAUGUACAAUAAACUGCCAAUGGACUUGCCACAAUAUCCUCAAGAACAUUGGCAUGGACAGGGUAACUAAAUUAUAUAGUUUAUAUUCGCCAUUUUAAUUAACUAAUUAUGGAAUUGAAUAAUUAAGUAUCAUUAAUUUUAAUUUAUUCAUUAACUUUAUUUUAUUAAUAGUACUUACAAACUUGCUUCAAUUUAAACUGAUCUCUUCAAAUAUACACUAAAAAUACUGAAACAAAUUGACAGUUAUUAGUAAAUAGUAUUAGUCAUAGUUUUAUAUGCCUUUUUUAUUAACUCAUUAGACAAUAAAUUUGCUAGAAUGCAUCUUUUUCGACAUGACAUUAAUUCCCCUAUAAUGUUGUUAGUAAUAAUAGUACAAGAA